AAUGCGCAGGGGAGCCCCUGCCUCGUCCUUCCAGUCCCAGCAGAAAGGCCCUUGAGGGCUGCAGUGGUGGGGAUGUCGCACUACUGCGAGUGUCCUCUGCGGCUGGAGAAGAGCUUCAUCUUGGAUGGCGUGGCGGUGAGCUCUGUGGCCCGCGCCCAUGAGCGCCUGAGGCCCAAGCUCUGGUCGGCGAUUCCGCCCUACAACGCCCAGCAGGACUACCACGCCCACCGCUACUUCCAGAGCCGCGUGGUUCCGCCCAUUCUGCGGAAAACCCAACAGGAUCAUGGCGGCACAGGAAGAGACGGCUGGAUAGUGGAUUAUUUCCACAUCUUUGGGGAAGGACAGAGAUAUCUGAACAGGAGGAACUGGGCUGGGGCAGGGCAUUCCCUCCAGCAGGUGACCGGCCAUGACCACUACAAUGCUGAACUGAAAACGAUCAAGGGGUUCAACGGUCGGUUUGGCUAUCGCCGGAACACGCCAGCCCUCCGCCAGCACCCGUCUGUCUUUGGAGAGGUCACCCCAUUCCCUCUCUUCUAACAGCAUCUCUUCCCUUCCCACCCCUUGACCUGAAUAGAAGACAGAUGUUUAGAUGAACUCUUAAUGCUAUUUUUAUAUAAGCAGUGAUGUUAUUUGUGCCUCCG